AUGGGUCUAAUUAAAUUCGACAAAACAACGGCAAGACAGAUAAAUAAAUGUCACAUACAUCGAAGAUCAGGAAGACAAGACACAAUGCAGAACAUCACGGUGAAGUUCAAAGAUGACCCGGUAUGUAAAUCUAAGGAGAAGGUAGGGUUCCUGCUAAAAGUAGCCAUCUCACAAACAAUAAUAUAUGUCGAUGUGAUGUCAAUAAUAAAAGUAAAAAGGUUGAAAGAGAAGGCUACCAGGAGAAACUCGGGGUCGGCAUUACGCAUCUGGAUCGAUCGUAUGCAAAGACGAAUGCCUGCCUUCCACCUUUCCAUACUCUUUCGCAAGCUUAACUGA